AUGACUCGACACAGAACAGAAGACAGUGCUCAACCAAUGAAGAGAGUAGAGUCCGCUUUAUCCUUUGUUGGAUGCCUACAAACAUAUCUGUCGAAUGAUGCUGAAUUAAAGGAUAUAUAUUCAAUAUUAUCCUAUCAAUUGGCAUCAAAUCCUGGUAAUGGAUCCAAUCAAACUUCCUUUAUACAUGUUGCAUGUAUAAAAGAACCUAUCCUUCACAGAAAGACAAAAAAGCAUAUUUCAUAUUCAUAUGAUGAUAAAGAUGCUCCAUCACACAGGGACAUACAGAUAUAUAUCAGUGUAUGGUAUGUCCCUGUGUGA